AUGGCCCCAGAUGGAACAUCAGGUUCACUCCAGCUCUUUGGUACCGAUGCCCUUCAAGUCCGCUCCAAUACUCGAGCCAAAUGGGCCAGUGAAGAGGCUGCUGCUUUCCAGUCCUUCGCGACUAAACAUCGACAGGAGGGCGACGGAAAGCCAUGGUUACCGUCUACAGACAUUACACCGCUGCUUCAGGAACUGGGCUUGGAUCGAUUCUCUGCGCUACACAAUGUUGACGGCGAUGAACUCGGCCCGAUUCUCGAGGUCAAGGUGCGACGGAAAUUGCAGAGCGUAUGGUCUGAUCUUGCUCUGUCAACCGAUGCCAUACCCGAGAAGACACGUCUCCAGGCCGCACGUGCCCAAGCCAUUCGGGAUGGUGAAGUGCCUCCGACCAAGUUAGCUAGGCCCAAAGAGAUUUACACGCCCGAAACGUGGACAACAAAAAUCCGAGCUCGUGCUGGGCUUCAGAAGUCUGGCAGCAAGCUGACCACCGUCGAGGGCGCGCAGAAAGAGGUUUCCAGGCUGGAGGGGGCCCUCGAGUCCGCACGACUCCAACUGGCAAAGCUUCGGAAGGCCGAGAAAGAAGAGGAGGCUGGAAAGGAAGCCUACCACCCCAGAAGGGCUCGCGCGUAUUCGGCCACGCGCCAGCAACGCCGUCCACAUAUGCCACCGUCACCAACAGAAGUGGAUUCAGACUCGGUCGUGAGCUCUGCAUAUGGCGACGAGAGCAAUCUGGACCAAGAUGAAGAAGAGGGGGAUGACGCUAUUGAUGCUUUGGCUUUCAAUCACGACGCAUCUCGUCCGUCAGAAGCCACUCGCCUCCUAUCCACGACUGUUCCCAGCCGGGCCCAGGAAUCACGCAAGCCUCGAUUUGUAUCAGUGCCCAUUCUGAGACCCGCACCUACACCCGCGGAAAGGGCUCGAAUCAGACGACAGGCAGGCAGGAUCUCGAUGCAGCCGGGAGAUUCUGCUGUUGCUGGCUGCUUUCCCCAAAAGACUACGAGGUCUUUAUCGCAGAGCAAGAAGUCGAAAGGCAAAACUUCUGCAGAACAGCAGUCUUCUUUGCAUCGUAGUGAUGAGCAUUCCGACGAUGAUGAAGUUACCUGUCGCAUGGAUAGACUGAAGACCUUUUUAGACAAGAAGUACGGACGAGACAAACAUGGAGUACAUACUAUUCAGCAUAGAGUAUGA